AUGAAACCAUCGAGCGGCUCUAGUAUUCCUAGUAAUGGGUCGCUUCAUAAGCAACCCACGAAACCAACAGUUCACCCCGUUGUCCCCGUCAACCAAGAUGUCAAAGCUUACUUUGCCGAGGCAGUCCUCGAUAAUUCCCAGCCGUGGCUUCUGAAUCCAGAAAUUCCAUCACCUGAUGAGAUAAUGGGAACUGGAUCUGAGACUGAAUUCGUUGAUCUGCUGCCAAAUCGGAUCGUAGGUCCCUGGAGCUCGAAGAACGAGUAUCUGAAAGCCCACUAUGAGUUGCUUAGAGAAGACUCAGUUGCUCCCCUACGGGACGCUGUAGCGUACGUUCGAGAGAAUCCAGAGAUGCAAGAUACGAAUACCGUAUCUAUCUACGAGAAGGUACACAUUGUAGGUAUUACAUUUACACAACAAGGCUUGGCGACUCGAAUCCAGUUUUCGACCAUUAGAUCGGGAAAGAACAUUGUCUGGGAAUAUUCUAAGCGCCUACGGACAGGCACCAUCGUUGCACUUUCUCCGACGGUUGAUUCGUUCAGAAAUAAAUGUGUUAUUGCUGUUGUGGCAGCCCGGCCACUAAAUGGUGUAAAGCAAUGCCCUCCAGAGAUCGAUCUUUAUUUCGCGCGGUCUGUGGAUGCAGAGUUCGAUCCACAUCAGGAAUGGGUCAUGGUUGAGGCCAAAGAUGGCUACUUCGAAGUAUUAAAAUUGAACGUAGCUACUAACAGUUUCGACAGGUUUCCACUCGCCGAACAAAUCUGCUUACUCCAUCCUAAUACCGAAACUCCCGAGUAUGUCAAAGCAGGUCCAGUCAUGGACAUACAGUCCGCUAUCAGUCCAUCUGGAGAAGAAGGCAAAAUUAAUGUUCUAGAAUACUGGCCUAAGUACCCAACAGGUGAUCUGGAUGCCACCCAAUGGAGGGCUUUGGAGCAAAUGCUUACAAAAAGCCUUGCCGUUAUCCAAGGGCCCCCAGGAACCGGCAAAACAUUCGUCUCUGUGAUUGCGUUGAGGAUUUUGCUCUCCAACAUGAACCCAGGAGAUCCGCCUAUAGUCAUCGCCUCGCAGACAAACCAUGCUCUGGAUCAGCUUCUGAGGCACGUUUCUCGUUUUGAGAGGGACUAUAUUCGCUUGGGAGGCAGAAGUAAUGACCCUGAGAUCAAAAAGCGUACCCUUUUUGAAGUCCGACAAAAUGAACCCCUUGCUACCAUACAAGGCAGUGUUCUUGGACAGGCCCAAAAGCGAUAUAAUAAAUAUCAUCACACGAUUGCUGAUCUCUUGCAGAACUUCAGUGUCGAGAACGAUGGCACUCUUCUUCCGCCUGAGUUUUUCACAAAGUAUGGCCUACUGACUGCAACACAAUGUGACUCUCUCGAGAAGGGGGCAAAGGGCUGGAUACGACCCAACAAUGAAGAAGAUGUCUAUCCCUUGAUAGCCUGGCUUGGAGAGCAAGCGGUCCCAUUCGAAGUACACUAUUCAACUGAGAACUUCGGCUUCGAUGAAGAUGAGAUUGAUCUAGAGUAUGAACAACUUAGAGAAUUAGAAACCGACCAAGGGAUCGAAGAGGAGGACCGUGAAGUUCUCAAGGGACCGUUCAUUUGUCUUCGAGAAAGAUUCUGCGGACAAAGUACUUCGGCCUCCGAAGAAGCUAGCCAAAAGUAUCUGAAGGAGCCCGACCUGUGGAAGAUACCUGUCAAGGCACGUGGAGGAGUAUAUAAUACUCUUCGAAAACUGCUCAAGGAUAAAAUCAGGCGGAAGUUUCAAAGCUUGGUUACACUUAAUACAAACAAUUGCAAAGACAUCCGCAUUGGAAAGUGGGAACGGGACAAUCAUCUCCUCCGGGAUGCCAAGCUGAUUGGGAUGACAACAACGGGCCUUAGCAAGUACCGAGCUCUUGUAUCAAGUUUAAAACCGAAGGUUGUUUUGAUAGAAGAAGCAGCCGAAGCCAUCGAAGCACCGAUAGCAGCUGCCUGCCUCGAUUCUCUUCAACAUAUGAUCCUUGUGGGAGAUCACCAACAACUCAGGGGAAGUUGCUCGGUACAGGACCUUCAGGGUGAACCGCUCUUCCUGGACAUUUCAAUGUUCGAAAGGCUCGUGAAUAACGGGAUUCAAUACGAGACUCUUAGAAGACAGAGGCGGAUGGUACCAGAGAUACGACGAUUGCUGGAACCCAUUUACGGCGAGCUUCAGGACCAUGAGUCAGUUCUUGAACGCCCCAAAGUGCCAGGAAUGGGGGAUGUACGAUCAUACUUUUUUUCUCACAAUUGGCCAGAAAGCAAUGACAGCUUAUCUUCGAAGUACAAUGAGAAGGAGGCGGAAAUGAUUAUAGGAUUCUUCAUGCACCUGGUGCUCAACGGCGUUGCUGUCAAGGAUAUAACCGUUCUGACAUUUUAUAAUGGCCAGAGAAAAAAGCUGCUCAAACUAUUCAAGGAAAAUUCCUAUCUCCAGGGUCAGUAUGUGAACAUUGUGACGGUUGAUUCGUUUCAGGGAGAAGAAAACGAGGUAGUGAUUCUAUCGCUGGUGAGAAGCGGCCGGUCUACCAUCGGCUUUUUAUCUAUAGAGAACAGAGUCUGCGUUGCGCUUUCGCGUGCUAGAAACGGCUUUUAUAUCUUUGGAGACUCUACAACGCUUGCUGAUGCGGAUUCCCUCUGGUGGCAAGUUGUCACCCUCAUGGGAGGCAAGAACCCAAAACGAAGGCUUGGUUUUUAUCUACCUUUAACAUGCACCAAACAUGGAAAUGUGAUAUACAAGAAAGAUCCCUCUGAUUGGAACACUGCCUACGGAGGAUGUGACCUCUCAUGUAACGAGCGUCUAGGCUGUGGACACAGAUGUCCACUAUCAUGCCAUAGUUUCUCCCAUGAUCAAGUCAAGUGCAUUGAGGUCUGUGGUCGACAGAUGCGAUGUGGUCACAAAUGUGAUAACCCCUGCUAUGAGAUUCACACCUGUUUCUGUGGGUGCCCGUUGAACUCCGCCAUUGAGUGUAACUCGGAAGCUGCUGGGGGUUUGCUCUCUAGAAAGGAUGGAUGUAUAUUUGAGGACGACAGCCACCGCCAGGCUGCCAUUCGAAGCUACCAAGCCUUCGCAAAGGGUGGAUCCAAGGAACAGGACGAACGACUUCUCCGGAUGGCUGAGUUAAGCAUGUAG